AUGGCUUUGCCUAUGUUUCUCCUGGCGUCGUGUUUCGUGUUUGCAUGCGUACUGUUCUACCACAGCUCCUCCACCUCAAAACUGCCGAAAGGACUGCGCGCAGUGCCUGGGCCUCGUGGACUGCCAUUGCUUGGUAACACUCUGCAACUACAAUCACCCCCUCAACCCCAGCUACAGGCUUGGGCCAAACAAUACGGAGAUCUGUUCAAGAUUCAGAUGGGCUGGUACAACUGGGUGUUUGUAAAUAACCCUGCCGCCGUCAAAGAGAUUUUUGACAAACAUUCCGCCAUCUCCUCUGGUCGGGUUCCGAUGCCUGUCGGAUCCGACCUGCUAUCGGGUGGUAGACGAUUUCUGUUUAUGAGCUACACGCCGCAAUGGAGGAAGCUUCGUGCACUCGUCCAUAAGUUACUGACACCAAAGUCGUCGGAGACGUUCCGGCCAAGUCAAGAGUUCGAGGCGAAGCAGUUGAUCUCAGAUAUAUUCGACGAUAAUGAACGCGGGGACUAUGAAAGCUUCUACAUGCACGUUCGACGGUAUACGACAUCUGUCAUAAUGACAUCAACAUAUGGUCGACGGGUGCCACAGUGGGACUGCGAAGACGUACAGGAGAUCUAUGGUGUCAUGAAAGAGUUCUCUGAGAGGACUGCACCGGGAGCCUAUCUCGCCGACACCUUGCCACCGAUCGCAGAAAUCAUACCUGUACCUCUUCAGUGGUGGAGGAAGUCAGCAUUCCAGUCAUAUCGGCGCCAAGAGCAGAUUUGGGUCAAGUACUGGAGCACUUUGCAACAGGAGAUAAAGGAGGGCAAAGCGCCUGAAUGCUUCGUCAAGCAAUGGGCUGAGACCGACUAUGAAAAACAAGAUAUUGAUGAAACUCAGGCAGCAUUUGUAGCUGGAACUAUGAUCGAAGCUGGCUCCGAGACUACGAGCUCAACCUUGAACAGCGCGAUCCGAUACCUUGCUGUUUAUCGUGACGCCCAAAAGAAAGCCCAGGACGAGUUGAAACGCGUUGUUGGCGACCAACGCAGUCCUACCUUCGAUGACGAAGCAAAUCUCCCUUAUAUUCGAGCAUGUGUCAAAGAGAUCCUUCGCAUUCGCCCCGUGACCAACGUUGGAACUCCACAUUUCACCACCAACGAUAUUGUAUAUAAAGAUUACUAUAUCCCCAAGGGCACAGUCGUCUGUAUUAAUCAGUAUGCUCUUCACUACGACCAACGCUAUCCCGACCCCACGGCAUUCGUCCCCGAUCGGUAUCUCAAUCAUUCUCUCAAAGCUGGUGCGUAUACGGCGCAUCCCGACCCCUUUGAGCGCGAUCACUUCGGCUUUGGCGCAGGUCGUAGGGUUUGCCCCGGAAUGCAUUUGGCGGAAAACAGUCUUUACAUCACUCUUGCGAAAAUUAUUUGGGCCUUUGAUAUUCGACCGUGCGAAACGGCAGAGGGAAAGGAAGAAGAGCUCGACAUAUCGCAUAACGCUUACGAGCCUGGCAUCAAUACGUUGCCCAAGCCUUAUCGAGUGCGCUUCAUCGUCAGGAACGCGGAGGUCGAGUCCACUUUGAAAAGAGAAUGGGAGCAUGCAAUGGCCGAGGGCUAUCACCUGGGCAAUGUCAAGCUGAAUGAUGGAGGAGUGGUUGUGACAUGA